UUUCAAGAAUAAUUUGAUUUCUCUAAGUUUGUAACAUUAUUUGCUCAAUUUUAAUCAGAAAAUCAUGGAUAACUCCCAGAACACAAGCUACAAAGCUGGCCAAGCCAAGGGCCAAGUCCAGGAAAAGGGUAAUCAGAUGAUGGACAGGGCUGCCAAUGCUGCACAAUCUGCUAAGGAAUCAUUACAGGAGGCGGGGCAACAAGUGCAGGCCAAGGCACAAGGGGCGGCAGAUGCAGUUAAGAAUGCCACUGGCUUGAACAAAUGAAAUUCUAUUCUUGAUUACAGCCAGACGGGCUCAUUUUUUUUA